CCUUGGCUUUUGUUUAUUGUUGCUCAGUUUCUCCAAACUUUAUUAGACAAGAGGCGCGAUAACUAUGCCUCCUAAAAAAGAUGGAAAGCAAAAUACCGACAAGAAAAAUACUCUUGGAGAGAAAACUAUUCCGGAUGAAGGCUUAUCCGAGGGCGGUAAAGAAUUCUACCUGGCUCAAAUACGAGACUUGGAGGACCGACUAGAAAAGUAUCAGCACAAAUGUGAUGAGCUGGAGGUUCGUCAGAAAGAUUUUUCUACUAAUUACGAUAAUAUAGUGAGAGAAAAGAAGGACAUAGUGCUCUAUCUGAAACGCACCUUGUCCCAAAAAGAGGAUAUGCUCACUGAUGUCUUGGAAAAGCUUCAGGACCUCCAAGCCGUCAAAGAUGCAGAGAAGGAGUCAUACGACAAGCAAUUGAGCAUGCUUCGGAGUGAGUUUCAAGAGACUAAGGAGAAACUCACUUCUGAAAACAUGGUCCUAGCGGGAAAACUUGCAUCUCUCGAGGAUUUCCAGAUGCAGAAGGAUGAACUUAUGUUUCAGUUGGAGUCUCUGAAAGAACAACUAGUUCAGCAGAAGCAGGAGCAUCAAACUGUUCUCUACAACCUGGAGAAAAAAGCUGUACUGGACAACUACAGACUGAAGAAAGAGAUGCAGCAGCACGUAGCUGCUGUAGCUACUGAAUUUCGCAAAGUCUCUGAUAAAAAGAUGCCAGAGACAACAAAGAGGGCCAUCCAUGAAAAUAUCUUGGUGACCACCCAACUCAGGCAGAUUUCAGACAGGAGCAAAGAGCUGAUGAUGGAGAAUGAUGCUCUGAUGGCCAGAGAGAAACAACUUAAAAGAGAAAUAGAGAUCAUGGAGCCGUUACUGAAUGAAAUGACCAGGAAAAGUCUUUCAAAUCAAAAGGUGGUGCAGCAGCUGACAGUGAAGUGCAGGCAAAUGAGUGCUGAACUUGAAGAAUACGCCAAGCAUAAACAAGAGCACCAAAAGCUGUUGAACAAUCACUCCAUUCUACAGAAAGAACAUGAUGCCCUCAGACAGGAGCAUGAAUCAGCUGUUAACGAUCUCAACCAAAAACAAGCUGAGGCUGCAAGACUGAAAACAGAGCUUCAGGCUGAGAAGACACGGCGAGGGCAGGUUGAGACAGUCCUGCAAGAGGCAGCUGCAGCUUUAAAGGAAGAGGUACCUAAAGAAGAGGACACAGAAGGGCAGACCCUCGCCCAGAGAAAUCAGAUGAUGCAGAAGCUGCUGGCUGUGUUGGACAGUGCUGCAGCCAUUAGCAAAGGCCCUACUCUGACCCACUUCAUCCCUGUGACAGAAGACUCUAAUGAAUUUAGAACAGCAGCAGGCAUGGAGAGGUCAGGUGUAGUGGCCUCAAAGGUUACUCCUUCUCACUUAAAGCCUGGAGAACUGGGGUUUAUGCAACACCAAACACCCACAGGCAACUCUGUUAUAUCCAAGCGACAACUUCUCUCCAAAAAUCUGCAAAGAAAGCCCAAAAAGGGAAUGGUACCUCAAAUGCUCAAACCUGAGAAGGACACUCUUCCCAUGCAGCCUGGAUCUGUCGGAGAAAGUCAAGCAAAAUUUUAAACCAAGCAAAGGCACACUGGAUCCACAAGGGCAUCAGGUGUGAGGACGGUAUGAGGAUGGGAUGAGAGACAAAAACAGAGACCUUCUAUAAACACUAUUCAAUUAUGUCAUUUUUAAAUAUACAACAUAGCUAUAUGUAUAAUUACAUUUCGUCCUGUCUGAUUAAUUAUAAACACUAGAUGGCGGUAUGACAUCCUUUAUUGUUGAAUCUGUACCUGAGCAUGAACUUGAUCUUGAGCUGUCAUAGGAUUUCUCAGACCUGGGGGUAUAGCUGAGUCAGAAAGAUUUAAUACAUUUAAUAGAAGAAAACUUUGUAUGCCAGUGUUGUUUGUUAUUGCAUAUAAACCUGAAACAAAUAGAGUUGUGACACGUACGGAUUAAGCAGACAGAACAGAGCAGAUUUAAUCUGGUGGUAAUACUGCAUGAUUAUGACUAUUGCUCCAGAGUCUACCCCUGCCAAACAUCUUAAAAUAGACAUUUAGUGCUUGUAAUGAUUACCGAUACUGGUAUAUGUAAGCGUGAUCCUCCUAAUGUCAACAAAAAAAUAUUUUAGAUCCAUGAAUAUUACCUGCCAAAGAAAUGAUAUAUGUGCAGAAAUGACUAGCAUCUGUCCUGAUUUCUAGAGAAAAAAAAUAAUU